AUGUUUCCCUCUAGUUGUUCCAAGUUUACUGAUCUGUUGACUCAGUUGGAAGGUGUGGUAACCUUCUUUGGCCGGGUUGCAAUACUGAUAGACCAGAAUACACAGGCAUUCCACAUGUUCAUUACUGCUCUUCUUCAGCUGUUGGAUCGAUCGGGAUUACUAUAUGGAGAGCUUGCUAGAUUUGUGUUGAGACUGCUGGGAAUUAGAACAAAGCCUAAAAAGGUUCAGCCACCCGGAUCUAAUUUAGCCCCUGGCUCGCACAAUCCCCAUGGGAACCAAAACUACAUUGAAGGACCCAAUGCUGCUCCAAGUGGUGGUGCUUGGGACGGUGUAUGGGGAGAUAGUGCUGGCAAUUGAUUUUGUCCAUGUUACCUUUUUGUUGUUCGUACUGGAGGAGACCGUGAAAAUUGGCGGAAAUCUGUAUGGAGGUAAGAGUUCAGAUGGAAAUUGAUGCUGCCAUUGCAUGUAUAGAUUGGAUUUACCCUAUGAAAAUUGCUGCUCGCGUGAAUAAAAGAAAUUUUAUUCUCUCGCUCUCUGAUGGAAUAGCGCAAGUAUUCGGAUGUGCUUUAACAUUGCUUGUGCUGUUUUUGUGUUAAGCUAUUCCCAAUGUAAUAAAGGGACAAGUGAUAAUGUAUCCUGAAUUAUGUAAGAGAUUUAUAAUGGUAAAAGAGUGUUCUUUCCAGACUCGAGGGAAAAGAAAAGUGAAUGGGUAGUGAAAAACUUCUUUGCUAUAGUUUUUCACCUACUGAAAUAAAAGUAGGGGCAAAUUUUACUUGCGGUAUAGGUUAUGUGCAUAAAAAGUAUUAUUUGGAAAUAA